GCAACGGCUCGCCGUCGUCGCCAUCCUCACUCCCAUGAUGCCUCUUCUCAUCCAUCGUCUGCCUUGCCCACGCCUUUGGUUCCUCAGCUGACCCCAGUCCAUUCAUUUGUUCUUGGCGUUGAUAUCCCGUGACACACAUUCGUUCAACUUGUUUCCUAUUUCUAAUCUCUUUUUCUCUCUCUUAAUAACUCCCAUCCCUCUAUCACGUGGAUACUCCCUCCCAACACCAACAAUGAAGGUCUCGUUCGUGUCAUCGCUCCUCGCGCUCCCGCUCCUUGCGGCCGCGGCCCCCAAGCCCGAGGCCGCUGAGCUGUCGAGCCGCGACGUGACCGUGACGCAGCAGGAGCUCAACGGCUUCAUGUACAUGCGGCAGCUCGCCUCGGCCGCCUACUGCAACUCCAAGGACAGCCUGGUCGGCCAAAAGGUCACAUGCAGCAACAACGCCUGCCCGGACAUUGGCGCCGCUAACGUGGUCAACUUUGCCCAUCUCGACACCGACAUCGGCAUCAAGGCCGACGGCGCUGUCUUCAUCGACCACACCAGGGGCGGCAUCGUCAUGUCCUUCAUGGGCUCCAAGUCGUGGCAGUCCUUCAUGACCGACCUCGACUUCACCGGCAGCGACUCCUCCGAGAUCUGCAGCGGCUGCACGGUCCACUACGGCAUCAAGCUCACCUACGACAUCAUCGAGGGCGCGCUGAUCAACGCCCUCAACUCGGCCCGCGCCCAGUGGCCGUCGUACCAGGUCGUCGCGACGGGCCACUCCAUCGGAGCCGGCGUCGCCACCGUCGCCGCCGCCCGCCUGCGCAACCGCCUCAACGUCGACAUCCAGCUCUACACCUUUGGCAGCCCCCGCGUCGGCAACGACGCCUUUGCCACCUUUGUCACCAACCAGAACCGCGGCCGCAACUACCGCAUCACCCACUACGACGACGUCGUCGCCGCCUUGCCCCCGUCCUGGGCCGGCUUCGCCCACGUCAGCCCCGAGUACUGGCUGCGCAGGAAGGACGCCAGCGACUUCAACUACCCGCUCAGCGAGGUCGUCGUCUGCGAGGGCAUCAACCCCAAGGGUUGCAGGAACAGCAUGGGCACCACCCUCAGCGGCAAGGCCCACGGAGAGUACUUUGGCGCCAUUAGCGCUUGCUACUGAUGUGUUUGCUUUUCCGUGGCUUCGCCUGCUGCUAUGAGAGGGAGCUCUGCUGCUGACGGAUCCUUCCCUUGCUGUGCUUGCCACACAUUAGAACUAGUAGCUAAUCCAGCUUCAAAAUAAAUAAUCAUAAUGACCAAACCUUGAAAGUCC